AUGCCGCCGUCCGGACGCAAGGGCAAGACCCGCGCACGACGAGCGCCGGCCGCCGAAGUCCACGAGCCGUCCGAUGCAGAGACCCCCGAAGCCAUCGCGACCCCGUCACGCUCGUCGAGAAAGCGAGCCAGAGGCGGCAACGAAGCAGCUGCGCCGGCUUCUAGGAACACUCGGCGCAAGACCAAGGACACGAGAGCUGUAGAUCGAGAGGACACAGAGGGCACGGAGCCGCAAGAGCAGAGCGAUGCAGAAACGGAGGCAGCACUGCCGGGAGAGGCGGAAAUUAUCGCGCAUUUGAAAGUGGCCGACAGACAGGUCAACGCGACAGAAGACUACGCAAACGAGCUACUCGAGGGGCAGGAGAGCGUGCCAGGAUAUGGCAAGAUUGCAGGUCGCGACUGGGCGUUCAUCAUCCGCAAAGUCGAGAUCAACAUUGGGCGGCCAGAGGCUUCGGAACGCUUGCCCGUCGAUGACGGUACAGGACAGCCGUCAGGCCCAGGUGCCAGGACAGUAAUAGACAUUGAUCUGGGCCCGGAUCGGCAGGUCUCGCGCUCUCAUGCAAUCAUCUCCUACGACGGGGAGCUCCAGCGUUGGUACAUAGUAGUCAACGGGCGGAAUGGCUUGCAUGUGGACAACAACCUCAUGAAGCGUGGAUCAAAGACAUACCUCCGGAACGGAAGCGUGAUUGAGAUCGCAAAGACUCAGAUGGCCUUCAUAACCACACCCACCGAAGAGGGCGAACAGCCGGUCUUCGAUGCUUCGAUCGUUAGGCAGGCUCAGAAGUCAUCGGAGGAGGACGACGAUGGAGAGGAUGAUCCUCGUUCGGCCAACUACCGUCAGCCCGGCCAUCCCACUGCGCGCAGCCAGCUGUCCAACUCCGCUAUGUACGGAGAUGACCAGAGUGGUCAGCAGCGCCGUCCGCAUCCUCACAGCGGCCAGACCCAGUUUGGCGCUCCCGGUACGCCAAUGCGCGCUCAGCAGGCUAUCAUGAAGUCUUCUCCAGCGGCCAACUACGCGCGUGGUAUCACGAUGGAGUCUACUGAAACGAUCGACUAUUCUGCAGAUGGUGCGAAAGAUCUUAAGCCACCACACUCGUACGCACAGCUCAUCGGCAUGGCCAUCCUCAGCACGCCCGAGCAGCAGAUGACGCUCAACAACAUCUACAAAUACAUCAUGGCCAACUACGCCUUCUACCGCUUCAACACGGGCGGCUGGCAGAACAGCAUCCGCCACAACCUCAGCUUGAACAAAGCCUUCACCAAGAUCGCUCGCCGUACUGACGAACCAGGUAAAGGCAUGAAAUGGAUGAUCGAACCCAGCGAAUACGACACCUUUAUUCAGCAAGGCAUGAAAGGCUGUCGUCGCCCGAACCCCAUUCCAGGCACUCAGAGCACGCUCGGCUCGCCUCAUAGCCCGAUGCAGUUCGCGCGUGCCGGUGCCAAUGGUGGGAUCAAGCGUGACGACGAUGUCACGCCGCCCAUGAACGCCUACCGCCAGCCUUACCCUACAGCCACCGAGGCGUAUACUCCCGACCGCGGAUCGUCGCGCGUCAUGGCUGAGCCGUCAAGCGUCGGUCUCGGUAUCAACGGCCAUGUCGACGGCGCGGGAGGACCAGAGUACGACUACAUGGGCAGCCUUACGCGCUCGACCCCGCGCCGUAACGGCUUGACCGCCAUCGCGCACGCCGCUGGCUCGCCCCCAGCUCUCUUCGUCAGUGAAGAAGGCCGCGUGGGUGGCGGUCUGGAUACGCCCUUCCCGCUCCGUCCGACGCAAAGGCUCGCGCCGCCUAGUACUUUGCGCCGGCCGAGCGAUUUCAUUCAGUUCAGUAGUCCUGCUCCUUUCUGGAAGAUGGAAGGGUUGGUGGGGAGUACGCCGUUCAAGCCUUUCGAUCUGAGUCCGGUGAAGAGUCCGUUUGGGCAGUUGGUUAAGAAAGGGGAAGCGAAGAAAGAAGAGGAAGGGGAGGCGAAAGAGGAGAACGGAGAGGAGCAUGAAGAUGGUGACGAGGAUGAAGAUGAGAAGGACGAAGAGCAGGACGGUAAGGUCAGCGCAGAGCCAGAGGGCAAGCAGAGUCCAGUGGUGCCUUCAAGUAGUCCUCCCAGGCUCAUGGGCGGUGAAGAUGUUGAGGGUCCGGACAGCCCUACGCUCAGCCGUCCUGCGACUGCGGUGGCGAAGACGCUCAGCCAGCUUGCUUCCAGUGGAAAGGAGCCUGCCAGACAGAAUGGCCUAUCCACUAAUGGCAACGUCAAUGGCAGCGCACAGAACAGUUUCGCCUCCGCCACCCCAGCUGCUUCAGCAAGCAGAGAGGCAAGCGCAGCCCCCGCGCACCGCAACGGUACACCAGACAUGCAAACCAACCACUACACCCCCAGUACCCUAGCCAACAGCAGCGGUGCAUACAACUACACCCACGCCCCUGGCCCCGGCCCUGCGCAUCAUCAUCACCACCAUUAUCAGCCACCUCCACAGCAACAGCAGGAGACGAACGGCUACCACCCCGACGCAGGUCCGACGUCCGCAGCAGCUGGGGGGGAGGAAGACGGGAUUGAUCUGGCGAAGGGCUUUCAAUCCAUCGGCUCCUUCCACCAACGCAACCACCUGGCGAUGAGUAUGGGCAUGGGACCUGGGGCGGCUGCGGGGGGUCCUGCCGCAGCAGCAGGGUAUGGACGGUAG